AUGGGCCUCCAGCGGCCUCCAGUGACCUCCAGGGGCCUCCAGGAGCCUUUAGGAACCUCCAGGAGGCAUUUAGGGGCCUCCAGGUACCUCCAAGGGACUCCAGGGCCCUCCAAGGACCUCAAGGGCCCUCCAGGGACCUCAGGGGCCUUUAGGAGGGCCUGCAGAGACAUCAUACCUCCAUGGGCCUCCUGGGACCUCCACGAGUCUUUACGAACCUCCAGGAGCCUCAAGGGACCUCCAGGGUCAUUCUUGUGGCCUCCCGGGAAAUCCAGGGGCCUUUAUAGACCUCCAGAAGGCAUUUAUGGGCCUCCAGGGGCAUCUAAGGGACGUCCAAGGGCCUUUAGGGACCUCCAGGGACCACAAGGGGCCUCUAAAGACAUCUUAGGGACUUCCAGGGACCUCCAGAGGCCUCAGGGACGUCCAGGGGCCUCCAGGGACAUCCAGAGACCUCCAGGACUUCUCAGGGACCUUCAGGAGCCUCAAAGGACCUCUAGGGACAUUCACGUGGCCUCCAGGGGGUCCUCCAAGGACCUCCAGGGGGCCUUCAGGGACAUCCAGGGACCCCCAGGUGCCUCAGACAUUCCUCCAGGGACAUUCGGGUGGGCCUCCAGGGACCUCAAGGGGCCUCCAGGGUCCUCGAAGGGCCUUCAGGAACCUCAAGGGGCCUGUAGGGACAUCCUAGGGGCCUCCAAAGAUCUCCAGGAACCUCCAGGGAAAUCCAGGGGCUUUGAGGGACCUCCAGGGGCCUUUAGGGACCUCCAGGAGGCAUUUAGGGGCCUCCAAGGGCCCUCAAAGGGCAUCCAGAGACAUUCCGGGACCUCCAAGAGGCAUUUAGGGACCUCCAAGAGGCAUUUAGGGGCCUCCAGGGACCUCCACGGACCUCCAGAGACCUCCGCGGACCUCCAGAGACCUCCACAAGGGGCCUGUAGGGGAGCCUCUAAAGACAUCUUAACGGCCUCCAAAGACCUCCAGGCCUUUAGGAACCUCCAGGAACCUCCAGGGGCUUUUAGGGACCUUCAGAGGGCAUGUAAGGGCCUCCAGGGGAUUUUACGGACCUCCAGAAGGCAUUUCGGGGCCUCCAGGGGGCCUCCAGGGACAUCCGAGGGGCCUACAAAGAACUCCAGGGACCUCCGGAUGGCCUUCAGGGGCCUCCAGGGACCUCCAGGAGCCCCCAGGGACCCCCAGGAUCCUCAAGGGACCUUCAGGGACAUUCAGGGACCUACAGAGGCUUCCAAGGACCCCCAGGGGCCUCAGGGGACCUCCAGGGACAUUCAGGUGGACUUCCAGGGAUCUCCAGGGGCCUCCAGGGACCUCCAAGGGCCUCCAGUGACUUCAAGGGGGCCUUUAGAGGGCCUGCAGGGACAUCCUAGGGGCCUCCAAAGACAUCCAGGGGCCUCCAAAGACCUCCAGGGUCCUUUAGGGACCUCCAGGAGGCAUUUAGGGACCUCAAGAGGCCUCCAGGGACCUCAAGGGCAUUUUGGGACCUCCAAGAGGCAUUUAGGGGCCUCCAGGGACCUCCAGGAGCCUCAAGGGACCUGCAAGGGGCCUCCAAAGGCCUCCAGGGGCCUCCACGGACCUCCAGGAGUCUCCAGGGACCUCCAGGAGUCUCCAGGGACCUCCAAGGGCUUUAGAAGACCUCCAAAGGCCUCCAGGGACCUCCAGGAGUCUCCAGGGACCUCCGAGGGCUUUAAAGGACCUCCAAAGGCCUCCAGGGAACCUCCAAGGGCCUCCAGGGACCUCCAAGAGCCUCAAAAGACCCCCAUAGGGUCAUUCAUGUGGCCUCCAGGGGCAUCCAAGGGCUUCUACAGACCUUCAGCGGCCUCCAGGGACCUCAAGGGGCCUCCAGGGACCUCCAGGGGCCCUCAAAGGACCUCCAGUGGCCCUCAAAGGAUCUCCAGGGGCCCUCAAAGGACCUCCAGGGACCCUCAAAGGACCUCCAGGGACAUUCAGGUGGCUUCCAGGGGGCCUUUAAGACCUCCAGGAGGCAUUUAA